UUCUCACUCGCCUGGGCAUUACUACGUCGAGCUGGCUGUGUUGUGGUGCGCUGUGAAGUUACGGCUCGAUGACUGGUCGUUCAGUGAAUGUGACGGGCGUGUGUGAUUACAAAACGAUCGAGUUACACGGGUGCAGCCCUAGAUACCGAGUAAAACCACAAAUUACCUUGUACUAUGUAAAGUUGUGUUGAUUCCGUGGGAGGAAUACUGUCCGAGAGCCUAAUGCCUUCACACAGGCUCAUAUCACCACGUGGAUGUUCUUCGGGAGCAGCUCGAGAAGAUUAUAAACAAACUUGUUGAAAGUUGUACGGAUUUGUAGUUUGGACAUCUUCCCUUUGGGACGUGAUUUUUUCUGUGAUAUUUCUAUCGGAAUUAAUAUAAAUUAGCCAUGGGUCAGAACGGAGGAGAGACCGAGGCGGCGGCUUCUUCUGUGACUGUGGUGAAAUCUAAACUCGUAGUGGUCGGAGAUUGUGGGUGUGGUAAAACUUCCCUCAUCAAAAGAUACGUACAAGGCGAACACAAAGAUAAAUACACACCGACGGGUUUCGACACAUACACAGCAACAUACCACGUGUCCGACACGUACAAAAUACAGAUGUCAAUAUGGGACACUUCAGGAGAUAGCGGCUAUGAUCGGGUGCGUCCCCUAUCCUACAGUGAUGCAGACCUCAUCCUUGUUUGUUUUUCCGUUGCUGAGCCUGACAGUAUGGAAUCUGUCGUUUCCAAGUGGUACGGGGAGGUACGGGAACAUUGUCCUACUCAGCCUAUUAUCCUGGUCGGAUGUAAGACAGAUCUCAGGUCAGACACAGACUUCACGGCCAGACUCGCCCGCAAGAAACAGUCCAUGGUAACCUACGACCAGGGUCUGAAGACAGCUAAACAUAUUGGUGCUCUAGUGUAUUCAGAAACGUCAUCCAAGACAUCCCACAGGAGUGUGUGUGACGUAGUCGAAGUAGCCGCUCUCUCUUCCGCCGGAAAUAAAAGUACCGCAGAAGCGACAAACUUCAGACGUCAGCGGUCAUUUAUCAGACGAAAGCGCUUCAGUGGCAUUGGUGAAGCGAAGGUUCAUCUACGGAAGGAGGCGGCCAAGAGUUGUGUUGUCAUGUGAACUUUGACCUUUUUUUGUCUCAUAUCAAGUUGUUAUACAAGUGUUGUGAUAUUUUUAUUUAUCCGCGAGUAUAGUGAUAAUGCUAGACUUAGCCAAAGCAAUGUUUGCUCAAUAUGGAGACUAAGGAGAACAGAUUGAGUCAGUGAUAAUAUUGUGUUUGUGACAGAGUGCUGGUCUACGGAGUUAUACGCAAUGUUAGUAUCAGUCAAAUGGAUCGACGAUGCAAACUGGUGUCGUCAUACAUCAGUCAACAAUGUCCUGGACAAAUUUGGACAAAGGAGAUUAUAAAGAGUGAGAUAUCGUGAAUUGUGUAUGGUAAAAAGGAAGCUGUCAAAAAGACAUUGUUAGAAGAAAACUUUGACAGACGGCUUCCGUGGACGAUAGUAACACGAUUUGAUGAUGACGUCAUUUAUGACGUCAGAUAAAUGUCCUGGUUAGUGAGAUUGUGCGAGUCUCACAUGGUGCCCAGUUAUCUAGUCGUUAAAGAGACGGUUGACCUGCUCAUUGUGCAUUAUAUAUAUCGGAUUGCACGUGCGUUAUAUGUCUGUUUCGUUCGCUUCCGGUUCAUCAUGUUGCUAUGGUGACGACCGAGCCUAACCAGACCACAGACUGGCUAUAUACACCACUUGUGUUUUCCGUGUAAUUUAUUUAUAUUUAUUGAGUUAUGAAAGUGAGAUCAGUGUGAUGUGUAUCGUCAGUGUAUUACCAGACAACGUUUAAUUCACCUUAGAGUAUGUGUCUGUGCUAAAUGACAACGCAGACCUGGUUUUCUGGUUGCUCAAUAAUCCAGAACAAAAGAGAUUGAUAUACUGUAGUUGAUAGUGCAAAAGAGUGUUAGUAGUGAGAACAGAGAGCGGAGUACAUGUAGAGACGACCUAUGUCAAAAGGAGAUGAACUGUAGCUGUGUAGAUAAACACUGUGUGGCAUUCGGGCAUCUUCGGGGUUUCUCGGUCUCUCCGGAAAGAUCCGAGAGUGUCCGAUUACUACCGGGUUUUAAGAUUCGACCAAAGAGUUUCUUGCGCUUCAUUGAUUGAAAGAUCGCUGGAAACCCAGGAGUAGGGUUCAAUUCAUUUCAUGUAUGCAUAUCACAUGUUUAGUAACAUACAACUUGCCAAAAAUGAUUUUUUUUUUAAUUUUCUUUGCUAGAGUAGUAUUAAGACUUGGAUAACUGUCUCUUCUUAUGUUUAUCCAUAAAAAUGAAGUUUUACUUCAGCAUAAUACGUCAUAGAAUUGUAACAUGGGUAAACUUCCCUUCGUUGUAUGGUAUGAUAGAUGUAUAGUAUACGGGUAACUCUACAGGAAGGAUGAACUAUUCAAGAUUUUUGCCAUUUGAUCAAUUACACACCAGUCCCAUAUACUUAGUACUGUCUGAUGAAGCGUGCGAAACUGAUGGCGUCCAACCGUAACGAUAGGCAGAUACAUGGUAACACAACUACGGAACUCAGAGUGCAUAUUUAUUCGGAGCUCUUUCGUCAAAAUCGUUAUUAUAUAAUACAAUACUGAAGAUUGACUGGGUGUACAGUGAGUGAGAGUGAUUCAUUUAAGUCGUGUUUUGUUGUAAUACAAAUGUCUUUCAUCCAUUCUAACUGUUGUCUCCCGUUUUCCUGGGUAGAAAUAUAACACAUCUCUCGUAUGUAUUUCCCCCAAUCAUCUGUGAUUUCAGCCAUAGCUGUAUCAGAUUGGAUUACUUGCGUUAGUACCAUUUUCCUCCGCUAGGAUUCGCUCAUAAUUUAGAGUAUUUCAGUGCGAAGCUGAGCGGGGGAAAGCUACCACAAGCGAUCCAGGUUAUAGCUAUAGGCCUAUAUGUUUUUAUCAAUUACCCCGUGUUCCUGCUCACACGAAGGUAUCGUUUUUAUUGAAUAAAAAUAAUGCUUUGCAACGCCAUGCUUGAAAUUAAUUUACUACUAGUAUAAGAUUAUGUGACAUGAUUUUUUGAUGUCUUCCUAUUCGGAAAAUCAUUAGUAAAAUUUGGCUGAUACGCCCCUUAAUAGUGUUAGAAGGUGUGUUCUAAGCGAUGUUUCUUAUUUUACAAAUUACAAAAAUACACUUGAUAGAGUUUGAGUCAGUCAGACUAAUACAAUGUACAAACAUAUCAAUUACUUACAUGUACUGUAUCCCUCUUUUAGUGACCAAGUUGUCAUGUUUGAUUUAAAAAAAACUAUUUUCAGAUACUAAAGGGAUAUUUCAGCACUUGUCAGCUGGCUAAUUUCCUUUAUAUACGAUUUCUUUCUAAUAUUCGUGUUUUGGGGAGAGAACAGAUAUUUUACUUCCGUAUAAGACUUAAAUUGUCAGUGAAAUGACGUGGAAUGGAGCGAGUUUUUAGAGAGAGCGGUGAGGUAUCCUGUGGGUACACUGUUAUUCCAGAUUUAUAAACAAGACGAUUUUGACAAGCAAUGGACUAAAUAAAUUAUAUGGAAAAAUGUA